AGCUCUGAGGAGGCGGGGCCAGGACGGCGGGACCAGCUGCUGGGUCCCAGCGAGGGCUGAGCCGGGCGGUGGGAGGAGGUCAGGAUGGUGGGGGAACGGCAUGCUGGGGACCUCAUGGUGCCCUUAGGGCCCCGGCUGCAGGCAUACCCUGAAGAACUCAUUCGGCAGAGGCCUGGGCAUGAUGGACAUCCUGAAUACCUGAUCCGAUGGAGUGUCCUGAAGUGUGGGGAAGCGGGCAAAGUGGGUGUGGAAGAAGGCAAAGCAGAGCACAUCCUCAUGUGGCUGUCAGCUCCUGAGGUCUACGCCAACUGCCCUGGGCUGUUAGGUGAGCGAGCACUAUCUAAGGGACCUCAGCAUGAACCAGCUGGGGUUUCAGGAAGCUUUCCUCGAGAUCCAGGAGGCCUGGAUGAAGUGGCAAUGGGAGAGAUGGAGGCUGAUGUGCAGGCGCUGGUACGCAGGGCUGCCCGGCAGCUGGCAGAAAGUGGGACCCCAAGCCUCACAGCUGCUGUGCUUCACACCAUCCAUGUGCUCAGUGCCUAUGCCAGCAUCGGACCCCUUACUGGUGUCUUCAGAGAGACAGGAGCCCUGGACCUGCUCAUGCACAUGUUGUGCAAUCCUGAGCCUCAGAUCCGCCGGAGUGCAGGCAAAAUGCUGCAGGCUCUGGCAGCCCACGAUGCUGGGAGCCGGGCCCACGUCCUUCUGUCACUGAGCCAGCAAGAUGGCAUCGAGCAGCACAUGGAUUUUGACAGUCGCUAUACAUUGCUGGAGCUGUUUGCAGAAACCACAUCCUCUGAAGAACACUGCAUGGCCUUUGAGGGCAUUCACCUGCCACAGAUCCCAGGAAAGCUGCUCUUUUCUUUGGUGAAGCGCUACCUUUGUGUCACCUCCCUCCUGGAUCAGCUGAAUAACAGUCCAGAGCUGGGAGCUGGAGACCAAAGCUCCCCGUGUGCUACAAGAGAGAAAAGCCGGGGACAGCGGGAGCUGGAGUUCAGCAUGGCUGUGGGCAACCUCAUCUCUGAGCUGGUGCGGAGCAUGGGCUGGGCCCGGAACCUCAGUGAACAGGGCACGUCACCUCCUCGGCCAUCCAGGUCCAUCUUUCAGCCCUACAUUUCAGGCCCCAGCCUUCUACUCCCCACCAUUGUCACCAGCCCCAGAAGACAAGGGUGGGUUUUCCGCCAGCGCUCUGAAUUCUCCAGCCGUAGUGGCUAUGGAGAGUAUGUGCAACAGACGCUGCAGCCGGGGAUGCGAGUGCGGAUGCUGGAUGAUUACGAGGAGAUCAGUGCUGGGGACGAGGGCGAGUUCCGGCAGAGCAACAAUGGCAUUCCGCCUGUGCAGGUUUUCUGGCAGUCAACAGGCCGCACUUACUGGGUGCACUGGCACAUGCUGGAGAUCCUGGGCCCUGAGGAAGCCACUGAGGAUAAGGCUUCAGCAGCUGUGGUGAAGCGGGCAGGGGCUCCUGUGUUGGGCACAGGGUUUCCCUCCUGGGACUGGAAUCCUAUGGACGGGCUCUACUCUUUGCCCUACCUCCAGCCCGAACCUCAGAAGAAUGAGAGAGUGGGAUAUCUGACCCAGGCUGAGUGGUGGGAGCUGCUUUUCUUCAUCAAAAAGUUGGACUUGUGUGAGCAGCAGCCAAUUUUCCAGAAGCUUCGGGAGAACCUGGAUGAGACCCUGGGUGAAAAGGCCCUGGGUGAGAUCUCCGUGUCCGUGGAGACGGCCGAGGGUCUGCUGCAGAUUCUCAGUAGUCGGUUUGAGGGCAGCACCCUCAAUGACCUGCUCAACUCCCAGAUCUACACCAAGUAUGGGCUGCUGUCUAAUGAACCAAGCAGCUUGUCUACUUCACGAAGCCACUCCUGUACCCCAGAUCCAGAAGAGGAGUCCAAGUCAGAGGCCAGCUUCUCAGAGGAAGAGACUGAGUCCCCCAAAGCAAAGGCCGAGGUCCCUAAGACAGAGGCCGAGCCCACCAAGACAAGGACUGAGCCCCCCAUGGCACAGAGUGAUUCACAGCUAUUUAACCAGCUUCUGGUGGCUGAAGGAAUGACCCUGCCCACUGAGAUGAAGGAGGCAGCCAGCGAAAUGGCCAGAGCCUUGCGGGGUCCCGGUCCUCGCAGCUCCCUGGAUCAGCAUGUGGCAGCGGUUGUGGCCACCGUGCAGAUAUCCAGCUUGGACACAAACCUGCAGCUUUCUGGGCUCUCUGCCCUCUCUCAGGCUGUGGAGGAGGUCACUGAGCGGGACCACCCUCUGGUCCGUCCUGACAGAUUGCUGAGAGAGAAGCUGGUGAAGAUGCUGGUGGAGCUGCUGACCAACCAGGUGGGAGAGAAGAUGGUGGUGGUGCAGGCGUUGCGCCUCCUGUACCUCCUCAUGACCAAGCACGAGUGGCGGCCACUCUUUGCCAGGGAGGGUGGCAUCUAUGCUGUGCUGGUCUGCAUGCAAGAAUAUAAGACUUCUGUCUUGGUACAGCAGGCUGGGCUGGCGGCACUGAAGAUGCUCGCCGUCGCCAGCUCCUCGGAGAUCCCCACUUUUGUUACUGGCCGAGAUUCUAUCCACUCUUUGUUUGAUGCUCAGAUGACCAGAGAGAUCUUCGCCAGCAUCGACUCAGCCACACGCCCGGGCUCUGAGAGCCUGCUCCUCACUGUCCCUGCAGCUGUGAUCCUGAUGCUGAACACUGAGGGGUGCUCUUCUGCAGUGAGAAAUGGCUUGCUCCUGCUCAACCUGCUUUUGUGCAACCACCACACUCUGGGAGACCAGAUUAUAACCCGAGAGCUGAGAGACACCUUGUUUAGGCACUCAGGGAUAGCACCGGGGACAGAGCCUAUGCCUACCACACGCACCAUCCUCAUGAUGCUUCUCAAUCGCUACUCAGAGCCUCCGGGCAGCCCUGAGCUUGCAGCACUGGAGACCCCCAUCAUCCAGGGUCAGGAUGGGUCGCCUGAGCUACUGAUUCGAUCCCUGGUGGGGGGCCCAUCUGCAGAACUACUCCUGGAUUUGGAGCGCAUGCUAUGCCGUGAGGGCAGCCCUGGGGGUGCUGUGAGACCCCUUCUCAAGCGCCUCCAGCAGGAAACCCAGCCUUUCCUCCUGUUGCUGCGGACUCUGGAUGCUCCCGGGCCCAACAAGACUCUGCUGCUGUCUGUGCUGAGGGUCAUGACCCGACUGCUGGAUUUCCCUGAGGCAGUGGUCCUCCCUUGGCACGAGGUCUUGGAGCCCUGCCUCAACUGCCUGAGUGGCCCUAGCAGUGACUCUGAGAUUGUUCAGGAGUUGACCUGCUUCCUACAUCGCCUGGCCUCGAUGCAUAAGGACUAUGCUGUGGUUCUCUGCUGCCUGGGCGCAAAAGAGGUCCUCUCCAAAGUCCUGGACAAGCACUCAGCUCAGCUGCUGCUGGGCUGUGAGCUUCAGGACCUGGUGACAGAGUGUGAGAAGUAUGCACAGCUCUACAGCAACCUCACCUCCAGCAUUCUGGCCGGCUGCAUUCAGAUGGUUCUGGGCCAGAUUGAAGACCACAGACGAACCUACCAACCCAUCAAUAUCCCCUUCUUUGAUGUGUUCCUCAGGCAUCUCUGCCAGGGCUCCAGUGUGGAAGUGAAGGAGGACAAGUGCUGGGAGAAGGUGGAGGUGUCCUCCAACCCGCACCGGGCCAGCAAGCUGAUGGACCAUAACCCCAAAACCUACUGGGAGUCCAACGGCAGCACCGGAUCCCACUACAUCACCCUGCACAUGCACCGUGGGGUUCUUGUUAGGCAGCUCACUUUGCUGGUGGCCAGUGAGGACUCAAGCUACAUGCCAGCCAGAGUGGUGGUGUUUGGGGGUGACAGCACCAGCUGCAUCAGCACUGAGCUCAACACGGUGAAUGUGAUGCCCUGUGCCAGCCGGGUGAUCCUUCUGGAGAACCUGAACCGUUUCUGGCCCAUCAUCCAGAUCCGCAUAAAGCGCUGCCAGCAGGGCGGCAUUGACACCCGGGUUCGGGGUGUGGAGGUCCUGGGUCCUAAGCCCACAUUCUGGCCACUGUUCCGGGAGCAGCUGUGUCGCCGAACAUGUCUCUUUUACACAAUUCGGGCACAAGCCUGGAGCCAGGACAUAGCAGAAGACCGCCGCCGCCUCCUCCAGCUCUGUCCCAGACUGAACAGGGUUUUGCGCCACGAGCAGAAUUUCGCUGACCGCUUCCUCCCUGACGACGAGGCCGCCCAAGCGCUGGGCAAGACCUGCUGGGAGGCCCUGGUCAGCCCCCUGGUGCAGAACAUCACCUCUCCCGAUGAAGAAGGUGUGAGUGCCCUGGGGUGGCUGCUGGAUCAGUACUUAGAACAGAGAGAGAGCUCGCGGAACCCCCUGAGUCGAGCAGCGUCCUUUGCUUCUCGCGUCCGUCGGCUUUGCCACUUGCUGGUGCAUGUGGAGCCUCCUCCUGGGCCUCUUCCUGAGCCAUCCUCUCGGCCCUUCAGCAAGAACAGUAAGGGUCGGGAGCGGAGCCCGGCGCCUUCACCAGUGCUUCCCAGCAGCAGCCUGAGGAACAUAACCCAGUGCUGGCUGAGCGUGGUGCAGGAGCAGGUAGGCAGAAGCAAGCUGAAGUCUGCAGAGGGGAGGGGCUGCUCCCUUUACGGCAUUUCUUGCCUCCCUCCUCAGGUCGGCAGAUUUCUGGCUGCAGCCUGGAGGGCCCCAGACUUUGUGCCUCGUUACUGUAAACUCUAUGAGCACUUGCAGAGAGCAGGCUCCGAGCUGUUUGGGCCUCGGGCAGCCUUCACGCUGGCUCUGCGCAGCGGCUUCUCUGGCGCCUUGCUGCAGCAGUCCUUCCUCACUGCUGCUCACGUGAGUCCCGCCAGCUCCCCACAGGGCUGUAAGCUCAUGUUCCAAGUUCAUCUCUUUCUGCCCUACCCUUUCACCUUCGUUCCCUCCCCAGUCUCCUACUCCGUUCCCUCAUUCAUGGUUUGCCCAUAUCCUUUCCCUUGCUCCCAGAUGAGUGAGCGGUUUGCCAGGUACAUUGACCAACAGAUCCAGGGUGGCCUGAUUGGUGGAGCUCCUGGAGUGGAAAUGCUGGGGCAGCUUCAGCGGCACCUAGAACCCAUCAUGGUCCUUUCUGGUCUGGAACUGGCCACAACUUUUGAGCACUUCUAUCAGCAUUACAUGGCGGACCGUCUCCUGAGCUUUGGCUCAAGCUGGCUGGAGGGGGCCGUGCUAGAGCAGAUUGGCCUCUGUUUUCCCAACCGCCUCCCCCAGCUGAUGCUGCGGAGCCUGAGCACCUCUGAGGAGCUGCAGCGCCAGUUCCACCUCUUCCAGCUCCAGCGGCUCGACAGGUUGUUUUUGGAGCAGGAAGACAAGGAGGAAAAGGGACUAGAGGAAGAGGAGGAGGAAGAGGAGGAAGAGGAAGCUGACAAAGAACUGUUUAUCGAAGAUCCAAGUCCAGCCAUUUCUAUACUGGUCCUGUCACCACGCUGCUGGCCGGUCUCCCCACUCUGCUACCUGUACCAUCCCAGAAAGUGCCUUCCCACAGAAUUCUGUGAUGCCCUUGACCGUUUCUCCAGUUUCUACAGCCAGAGUCAGAACCAUCCAGUCCUGGACAUGGGACCGCAUCGGCGCCUGCAGUGGACAUGGCUGGGCCGGGCUGAGCUGCAGUUUGGGAACCAGACUCUGCAUGUGUCCACCGUGCAGAUGUGGCUGCUACUGAAUUUCAAUCAGAAAGAGGAGGUGUCAGUAGAGACCUUGCUGAAGGAUUCUGACCUCUCCCCAGAGCUGCUGCUCCAGGCGCUUGUGCCCCUCACCUCAGGGAAUGGCCCUCUGACCCUGCAUGAGGGUCAGGACUUUCCACACAGGGGUGUGCUUCGGCUUCAUGAGCCUGGUCCCCAGCGCAGUGGAGAGGCCCUGUGGCUGAUACCUCCCCAGGCGUACCUGAACGUAGCAAAGGAUGAGGGCCGAACCCUGGAACAAAAGAGGAAUCUCUUGAGCUGUCUUCUUGUUCGUAUUCUCAAAGCCCACGGGGAAAAGGGCCUCCACAUUGAUCAGCUGGUUUGUCUGGUGCUGGAGGCCUGGCAGAAGGGUCCAAAUCCUCCUGGAAGCCUGGGCCACGCUGUUGCUGGAGGUGUGGCCUGUACCAGUACAGAUGUCCUCUCUUGCAUCCUGCACCUCUUGGGCCAGGGCUAUGUGAAACGGCGUGAUGACCGGCCCCAGAUCCUGAUGUAUGCUGCUCCAGAACCCAUGGGGCCCUGCUGGGGUCAGGCAGAUGUCCCUUUCUGUGGCAGCCAGAGCAAGACCUCCAAACCUAGCCCAGAAGCUGUGGCUACCCUGGCAUCUCUACAGUUGCCUGCAGGCCGCACCAUGAGCCCCCAGGAAGUAGAAGGCUUGAUGGAACAGACGGUGCGUCAGGUGCAGGAGACACUGAACUUAGAGCCAGAUGUCGCUCAGCACCUUCUGGCUCAUUCCCACUGGGGCACCGAACAGCUGCUGCAGAGCUACAGUGAGAACCCUGAGCCACUGCUGCUGGCUGCUGGGCUGUGUGUACCCCAGGCCCAGGCUGCACCUGCACGGCCAGACCACUGCCCCGUCUGUGUGAGCCCCCUGGGGCGUGACGACGACUUGCCCUCCCUCUGCUGCAUGCACUACUGCUGUAAGUCUUGCUGGAACGAGUACCUGACAACUCGGAUCGAGCAGAACCUUGUGUUGAAUUGUACCUGCCCCAUUGCCGACUGCCCCGCCCAGCCCACCGGAGCCUUUAUUCGUGCCAUCGUCUCCUCGCCAGAGGUCAUCUCCAAGUACGAGAAGGCACUCCUGCGUGGCUAUGUGGAGAGCUGCUCCAACCUGACGUGGUGCACCAACCCGCAGGGCUGCGACCGUAUCCUGUGCCGUCAGGGUCUGGGCUGUGGGACCACCUGCUCCAAGUGUGGCUGGGCCUCUUGCUUCAACUGUAGCUUCCCUGAGGCACACUACCCUGCCAGCUGUGGCCACAUGUCUCAGUGGGUCGAUGACGGCGGCUACUACGAUGGCAUGAGCGUGGAGGCGCAGAGCAAGCACCUGGCCAAGCUCAUCUCCAAGCGCUGUCCCAGCUGCCAGGCUCCCAUCGAGAAGAACGAGGGGUGCCUGCACAUGACCUGCGCCAAAUGUAACCAUGGAUUCUGCUGGCGCUGCCUCAAGUCCUGGAAGCCAAAUCACAAAGACUAUUACAACUGCUCUGCCAUGGUGAGCAAGGCAGCUCGCCAAGAGAAGCGAUUUCAGGACUAUAACGAGAGGUGCACUUUCCAUCACCAGGCACGGGAGUUUGCUGUGAACCUGCGGAACCGGGUGUCUGCCAUCCAUGAAGUGCCCCCGCCCAGAUCCUUCACCUUCCUCAAUGAUGCCUGCCAGGGACUGGAGCAGGCUCGGAAGGUGCUGGCCUAUGCCUGCGUGUACAGCUUCUACAGCCAGGACGCGGAGUACAUGGACGUGGUGGAGCAGCAGACGGAGAACCUGGAGCUGCACACCAAUGCCCUGCAGAUCCUCCUGGGUGAGCCGCCCCUGCCAGCCAGGCCCUCCUCCUGCCGCCUCCUCUCUGCUGCACAUCCCGUCCCCUCCCAGACAGGUCAAGCCGCACCCCACUUUCCCUCUGUCCUCUUCCUCUUCAUUCUUUGUGGCCUUCUCACCGCCUGGUUUUUAAAGUUCAAGUCGAAAGCCUACGUUGUAAGGUGCUCCAGGGCACAGAUGUUCGUGGCUGUUCAUGCUUUCUGGUCUCUACCCUGCUCCCCUAGGGAGCUUCAUGAGUAUCUAGAGCUGCACCUGGCGCUUGGUAGAUGUUCCCUAGGUGUUUGUUGGAGGAAGGAGUGGAUGGGAAUGAGAAGGGAGGGAGCCUCUGUGCCUGCCCCCUCUGCAGAGGAGACCCUGCUGCGCUGCAGAGACCUGGCCUCCUCCCUGCGCCUCCUUCGGGCCGACUGCCUCAGCACAGGCAUGGAGCUGCUCCGGCGGAUCCAGGAGAGGCUGCUUGCCAUCCUGCAGCAUUCCACCCAGGAUUUCCGGGUUGGUCUCCAGAGUCCCUCAGUAGAGGCCUGGGAGGCAAAAGGACCCAACGUGCCCGGCAAUCAGCCCCAGGCCGCCUCAGGGCCAGAGGCGGAGGAGGAGGAGGAGGAGGAGGAGGAGGAGGAAGACGAUGAGGAUGAUGUGCCCGAGUGGCAGCAGGAUGAAUUUGAUGAGGAGCUGGACAAUGACAGCUUCUCCUACGAUGAGUCCGAGAACCUGGACCAAGAGACUUUCUUCUUUGGUGAUGAGGAGGAGGAUGAAGAUGAGGCCUAUGACUGAGGGGGGCAGAUGCAGGAAACACCUAGAGCCGUCCGGAGCUGAUGGGGCAGGAGCUGCCCCUGUCGUGGGGAGGGGGAUUCCCAGCGUCUGCCGUGGCUCCUUCUGUUGACCGAAUAAAGCUAAGUUCCCUUUCUCACACAC